CAGAGCCCCAUGCCGGGAGGAGCUGGUUACAUUGUGUCUAUUGUAUCCCUGGAUUUGUGUGUUUGUACAUUUCUCGGGAGGUGAAGUUGAAAGUGAAAAGCAUGGCAGAUGAGCAAGAAAUAAUGUGCAAAUUGGAAAGCAUUAAAGAGAUCAGGAAUAAGACGCUGCAGAUGGAGAAGAUCAAGGCUCGUUUGAAGGCUGAGUUUGAGGCCCUUGAAUCAGAGGAGAGACACCUGAAAGAAUACAAACAGGAAAUGGACCUCCUGCUGCAAGAAAAGAUGGCCCAUGUGGAGGAACUCCGAUUGAUCCAUGCUGACAUCAAUGUGAUGGAAAAUACCAUCAAACAGUCUGAGAAUGACCUAAACAAGCUACUGGAGUCUACCCGCCGGCUACAUGAUGAGUAUAAGCCACUGAAGGAACAUGUGGAUGCCCUGCGCAUGACUCUGGGCCUGCAGAGGCUCCCUGACCUAUGUGAAGAAGAGGAGAAGCUCUCCUUGGAUUACUUUGAGAAGCAGAAAGCAGAGUGGCAGACGGAGCCUCAGGAGCCCCCCAUCCCCGAAUCCCUGGCCGCCGCAGCAGCUGCUGCCCAACAACUUCAAGUGGCCAGAAAGCAGGACACCCGGCAGACAGCCACCUUCAGGCAGCAGCCCCCACCCAUGAAGGCCUGCUUGUCAUGUCAUCAGCAAAUUCACCGGAACGCACCUAUAUGCCCUCUGUGCAAAGCCAAGAGUCGGUCCCGGAACCCCAAAAAGCCAAAACGGAAGCAGGAUGAAUGAAGAAAGGGAGAACACAUAGAGCUCUGCUGCUCAUAACCCCUCCCCUUGGCCAGUGAUUGACGUCCUGAUGUGAAGCAACCCUUCCCCACCUCUACCAAGUCUCCUAUUUAAUGUGAUGGAAGCACAACCCUUCUCUCACUUUGCUGGUAUUUCUUUCUGCUCUUGGGGUUUCUGGUUCAGGAAGAGAUGUGGUUCAGGUGCUAAUAAUAGUAUGUCUGAUAAUCCCUUCUUUCCCUCACUUUUCAACCCCUGCUCUUGUUUGGACCUGAGGAUAGGGCAGAAGGCCCACAUGUGUUUCUUUGUAUCUUCUGCCUGAGGGCUGAUACCUAAGGGACCUAAGGUCUGAGGGUUGGGGGAGGCCCAUAUCUUGUUUUGUGUAAAGUGUGCCCCUCCCUGACUUUUGCCUUAGGCUUUGAAAGGACAACAGUCUUCUUCCUGGACUUUUUAAUAGGCUUGGUGCAUAUAUCUUCUCUACUCUCAUCUUCAAGGCUCAGAGGUAAUUUGGACAAGCCCUC